ACUCUCUUCUUAGGUAUAACAUACAACAUGCCACCACGAGGCGCAAUUGUCUUUUCGAUAAUCCGACCGACUCGGUCGACGGCGACAUCUUCAUUCUCACGCAAUACGACCUAUUCCCAAAUCCGGACAAACAGCACAGCUACCCCAUCAUCUAGAGAUGGAACAGCUACAAUCAACGUACAACAAGUCCCCGCACCUGGAUCGGGAUAUGUGCGCGUCUUACUACUCAAUAGACCGAAGGCUAGAAAUGCGAUAUCAAAGGAGUUACUAAAUGCAUUGAGGUUUCAGGUUGAUGCUAUUAGUGCCGAACAAGGGAAUGGACCGACGAGGGCUUUGGUGCUUGCUAGUAAUGCGGAUUCGGCUUUUUGUGCGGGGGCUGAUUUAAAGGAGAGGAAGGGGAUGAGCAAAGAAGAGACGAACGCGUUCCUGACAAAACUUCGCGGUACAUUAUCACGCCUUGAGGCUCUGCCCAUUCCUACAAUCUCCGCGAUUUCUUCAAUAGCACUCGGAGGCGGCCUCGAAUUAGCCUUGGGUACUCAACUUCGCGUCUUCGGAUCAACCAGUAUCGUGGGAUUGCCCGAAACUCGAAUUGCCAUCAUCCCCGGUGCCGGCGGCACUUAUCGCCUUCCUCGGUUGAUUGGACAAAGUCGCGCGAGAGAUCUAAUUCUCACGGGUCGAAAAGUCUCGGGUCCAGAGGCAUAUUUCCUCGGUCUGUGCGACCGGUUAGUUGAAGUCACACCCGAAGAAGAGAAGCAAGAAGGCGUCGCACGGAAUAAGGUUUUGCAUGAGGGUAUCAAGCUUGCUCUGGAUAUUUGUGAGGGGGGUCCAUUGGCUAUCAAAGCAGCGUUACAAGCUGUGAAUCAAUAUGAGAAAGGCGAAGAGGCUGAAAAUUCGGCUUAUGCACAGGUGGUGGAUACGGAGGAUAGACUUGAGGCUCUGUUGGCAUUCGCAGAGAAGCGCAAACCGGUAUAUCGAGGGCGUUAAACUUUGCUGAAAGAAAGUUGUGCUUUUUUUUUCUUUCUCUAUUCCCCCCUUUUAAGACGAUGCUGAGGCAAACAAAGCGCAUGUUUGAAUUAGGGUGUCCCUUUUUACUGUCAAGGCCAAGCAAUCAUAAAAUCAAUCAUCCCAACUCCUAUUCCUCAUGUCAUUUAUAUACAAGUCUUUUGUUUGGACACCGAGUCAAUGCAAAUGCCAUGACAUCCAUCCCAUGCAUUCGCCGUCUCUUUUCCCAUUUCCUUCUUUUCUUUCCAUAUAGGAGAACUCCAAUGCACAUGAAAUUGAAAACAAGAAAAGGAAAACAAAACAAAUAAUGGAUUCCAUCGAAGCCGUAUAUGCAAAUAGUUUGUUUCUUUUUCAAUAACUUCACCGUAACACCAUGCAGUAUGAUUAAAAGGGUAUCAGCAAAGCAGAUUUAAAGAAAAAGAAAGAGAAAAAGAAAAAGAAAAAGAAGAAAAAGAAAUAUGAAAACAAGUCAAUUUAUAGAAAUAAAAGUGACAAGGAAGAACCUCAGCAAUCCGAGAUGACUAUCGAGGAUCGAUACCCAGUCCCAGUCCUAUUCCAGAGUAGACCGGAUCAGGCGAACU